GCUGCACUCCAAGCAGCUAGCUCCCGCACUUAGGCUCCCAGCCAGGAAAGAUGCACGGAUACUACCGUUGCUGCUGCUGCUGCUGCCUACGGCCGCCCGGUACCCUAAAGCUGUUGCUGUUGCUGCCGCUUGUCCUUGUACCUACCCUGGCAGCAGCCACAGCGGGCCCAAACCUCUGUGACACCAUAUACCAGGGCUUCGCUGAGUGUCUCAUCCGCUUGGGGGACGGCAUGGGCCGCGGAGGCGAGCUGGAAACCAUCUGCAGGUCUUGGAAUGACUUCCAUGUCUGCGCCUCCCGGGUCCUGUCGGGCUGCCCAGAGGAGGCGGCCGCUGUGUGGGAGUCACUACAGCAAGAAGCUCGCCGGGCUCCGCACCGGGAUAACUUGCACACUCUGUGCGGUGCCCCCGUACGCGUCCGGGAGCGCGGCGCAGGCCCGGAGACCAACCAGGAGACGCUGCGGGGGACAGCGCUUGCACCCGCCCUGGCCCCCGCACCCCCGCUGCUGGCGGCUGCUCUGGCGCUGGCCUGCCUCCUUGGGCCUCUGGCCUAGCCAGUCGGGCCUGCAGGCAGCGCCGGUGCCUCCCCUGCUCCGGCGGCCGCGUUGUCUGGGCUCCGCAGAGCGGCACGCUUUCAUUAAAGGUAUUUAUAUUUGUA